UCAUUCAUUCUGAAGAAACCUAGAAAAGUGUUCUUCUAUUAUUUUAUAGUUGUCAUCCAAUUUAAAUAAUACCCUCCUCUCUCUUGUUCACUCAUUCAUCCAUACAUUCAUUCAUUCAUUCAUUCCAGAUUCAGCAUCUAACUAUGGUAAUGGCAGACAACAAAAAACAAAGGUAUGCUGUUGUUACAGGUUCUAACAAAGGGAUAGGAAUUGAGACUGUGAAAGGGUUGGCCUCUAAUGGAAUCAAGGUGGUGCUCACAGCCAGAGAUGAGAAGAGAGGGAUUCAAGCUGUUGAGAGAUUGAAAGGGUGUGGUUUCUCCUCUAGCCUUGUGGUUUUUCACCAGCUUGAUGUCACUGACCCUGCUAGUAUUGCAUCCUUGGUUGAUUUUGUUAAGACCCAAUUUGGGAGACUUGAUAUCUUGGUGAACAAUGCAGGAAUCAAUGGGUUCAACACACAUGAUAUGGUGGGACAAACAAUUAAAUGGAGGGAAUUGCCUCAAACUUAUGAAAUGGCUGAACAAUGCCUAACAACAAAUUACUAUGGUGUUCAACAAACAACUGAGGCUUUUCUUCCUCUUCUUAAGUUAUCCGAUUCACCCGUGAUUGUUAAUGUUUCCUCCGAAGCAGGGCUCUUAAAGUAUAUAUCAAACGAAUGGGCUAAGAGGGUGUUUGAAGAUACUGACAUUCUUACAGAAGAGCUAAUAGAUGAAGUUUUGAAGGAGUAUAUGAAAGACUUCAAACAAGGUUCCCUAGAACAUAAGGGUUGGCCAACCUAUCUAUCUGCAUAUAAGCUCUCAAAAGCAGCUGUGAAUACCUACACAAGGCUUAUGGCCUAUAAGCAUCCAAAGUUCUGCAUUAAUUGUGUUUGCCCUGGUUUUGUCAAGACAGACAUGAACAGAAACACAGGAAGCUUAUCUGUUGAGAAAGGUGCUGCUAGUGUUGUGAGAUUAGCACUGCUGCCACAUGGUUCCCCUUCUGGCUACUUCUUUGCUAGCCAAGAUGUGUCUACCUUUUGAUUGAUUUUCAGUGUAUUUACAUUCUUACUGAUCAUAUAGGGAGAAAAUGACAGGAUGUGCGUCUUGUACAUAAUUUUUAUCCGUCAUUCUAUUAUUGUCUCUUGAGAGAAAAUGACAAGAAUUUUCAAGGAAGCAUAAUUGGAGAAAGAUAAAAGGUUCUGAGCAGUUGCAAAAGGAGGAAGAAGAAGCCAAGAGAAGGAGAGAAGAGUAAGAAAGAAAGAAGGAAGAAAAUGAUAGGGGUGUUGCUGUGGCUUCGCAACAAACCCUUAUGGAGGCAUGUGAGAAGGAAGCCAAAGAUGAUGCAAGUUGAAAAAGAAGAAGAAAAAGGAGAAGAAAGUGAAAAGAAAAGCUCUAACGGGAAGAGAUCACAUUACUCUUCAAAGAAAAAAUAUUAUGACAAGAGGCAGGCCACUGAUGCUUAGAGUUGAGGAUUUUGUAGAAAAGGCUUCUGAGGCUGUACAACAUCUAUAUUUCCAUCUCAUGUUGAAGGAAGAAGUUAUGAUGUCCCACAUGUUGUUGUUGCUACAAUUUUACUACCUGUUGAGGUACAAAGUUCGGUUGCUGGACCUUGUACUGCUGGUCCUUCAAGGCAUGCUGACCCAUCAACUGUUGAGAACUUGAGAACAUAGAUGUUGAGAAGUCCCGGAUUGCCAAGAUAGUCAUUAUAAAUGAGAAGACAAACCUCUUGAACUAGUUUUUAAAGUAGUGUUAAGUCUCUCAAAUUCUAAUAUGGUGUCAGAGUCUACCUUAGAUCUGUUUAGGGGAGACCACACGUAUAUGGGUUACCCGUAGAUGUUCAUUUCUGCAUAUUCCAUGCUCCAUAUGUCCAACCAUGAGCAUUAGAGGGUGUGUUGAGAAGGCCUACAUUCUUACUGAUCACAUAGGUUCAAUGUAUCUGGAUCUAGGGUUUGGGGCUCACCAACUACAUAGUGGGGUCCUCAUUGUAAAUUGUAUGCUCACUUUUCUACUCAAUAUAUCUCUAAGUCUUUUGUGUUUC